CGGUGUGUCUGGAAAGCUGAGCGGAGGAGAGAGCAGUGUGUCAGACCAGCCCGGCGCCCUGUAGCUGGACUUCACCACCGAGACCCCCCAAAACAACGGGGCUAUAUUUCUCUCUAGGACCAGGAGAGGAUUUGCGCUUUGUGAGAUCAGUCUGCGUCCUCUUUGAUUCCCUGUGGCAACACCCUGGUGAAAAUGGGGUAAUUGUGUUCUUUCAUCACCCAUUUAACUAACCUGGAACAAGCCCAGGCCAGCACUUCUCCUGAUGUCAGAAGAUUCAGAUUCCAAGCCCUAUCGCUUUCCAGUGCUAGAGGAUGAGGACGGAAACUCAGGGUGCGGAGGGUCCACCUCAUGCAGCUCCAUGCCAAGGGGGGCCUCAGGGUGCAGCUCCAUGGCACAGCUGCACCGGAUGGGUGGCUACAGCCAAGGUGGGCCCGACCUAGGCCUCCCAUCGGAGGGCAGCGACAGCAGCGGUCAGGACCCUCCCGCCUCAGCGCACAACCAUCGCAAGAACUGCCGCUCCAGAUCGCGCCCUGAGGAGGACGUGGAGAUGAAGAGCAGCGGGUCCAGCGGGAGUGGAACCGAAUCCCACAGCAACGAAAGCCACGGCAACGAGAGUCAUGGCAACGAGAGCCACGGCCAUGAGUCAACGGGCAGCUCUAAUGGCAACAGUAAAGACUCAGCACUGCUAGAAUCCUCUGAGAGCAACAAGAGCUCGAACUCCCACAGUCCAUCUCCUCCGAGCAGUUCAAAUGCAUUCAGUCUGCUGAGCUCAGAGCAGGACAACCCAUCAACUAGCGGCUGCAGUAGUCAGGAGUCUGCCAAAGCCAAGAACCAGAAGGAGGUGAUUAAAACUCUGAAAGAGCUGAAGCUUCACCUGCCCGCUGAGAAGAGACACAAUAACAAGUCCAGCACGUUGAACACCCUCAAGUACGCGCUGCGUUGUGUCAGACAAGUUGAAGCCAAUGAGGAGUAUUACCAGCUGCUGAUGAUCAAUGACAGCCAGCCUUCAGGCCUGGAUGUGUCCUCUUAUACGAUAGAGGAGAUAGACAGCAUUACAUCCGAGUACACCCUCAAAAACAACGACAUUUUCGCAGUAGCAGUUUCUCUCAACACAGGAAGGAUAGUCUACAUUUCUGAUCAGGCUGCCUCCAUCCUCAACUGCAAAAGAGAUGUGUUCAAGAACACCAAGUUUGUGGAGUUCUUGACACCGCAGGAUGUUAGUGUGUUCUACAGCUUCACAACGCCUUACCGCCUCCCCUCCUGGAGCAUGUGCACUGGAGCAGAGUCAUCCCCGUCUGACUGCAUGCAGGAAAAGUCCUUCUUUUGUCGUAUCAGCGGUGGUAAGGAGUGUGAGGGUAAUCUGCAGUACUAUCCCUUCCGCAUGACACCCUACCUGAUGAAGGUCCAAGACACCGUACAUGCUGAGGACCAGUUCUGCUGCCUCCUGUUGGCUGAGAGAGUUCACUCUGGCUAUGACGCACCCAGAAUUCCAACAGACAAACGCAUCUUCACCACCACACACACUCCAAGUUGUGUGUUUCAGGAUGUGGACGAGAGGGCGGUUCCUCUACUCGGGUACCUCCCCCAAGACUUGAUUGGCACACCAGUCCUCCUCCACCUGCAUCCCAAUGACCGGCAGAUUAUGUUGGCCAUUCACAGAAAGAUUCUUCAAUACGCAGGGCAACCAUUUGACCACUCGUCCAUCCGGUUCUGUGCGCGAAAUGGAGAAUACAUCAUUCUUGACACCAGCUGGUCCAGUUUCGUUAACCCCUGGAGCCGCAAGGUCUCCUUCAUUAUCGGGAGACACAAAGUGCGCACGGGCCCAGUGAAUGAAGAUGUUUUCAUGCCCCCGGUGUCCACUGCAGCUGAGAUGAAGUCCGUAGACUCUGACAUCCAGGAGGUCACUGAGCAGAUCCAUCGGCUCCUGCUACAGCCGGUCCAUAGCAGUGGAUCCAGUGGCUAUGGUAGCCUCAACAGAAACGACCACCUUUUAGGCAUGACCUCCUCUAGCGACAGCCUUGACAAAGGCAGCGAGAGCAAGAUGCGACAAACGGAGGAGGAAGUGAGCAGCAAAGCCAGACCUCGAACUUUUCAGGAAAUCUGUAAGGGGAUUCAUCUUCAGAAGAGCCAGGAGCAGCAGACAACCAAACCAGACCACAAGAGAAGCAGUGGUAUAGAGUCUGCACAGAAGAGCCCGGCGGUGGUGCGGCCCAAAGACUCAGCAGCUCCUCUCACCUUUAAGGAAACUGGGGCCACUAUGGAGGAGAGUAGGUCCUCUUUCCAGGAGGAGAUGACCUUCAAUGAUCAGACCGUCUACUCCUACCAGCAAAUCAGCUGUCUGGACAGUGUUGUCAGGUACCUGGAGACCUGCAAUGUUCCCGUCACCAUGAAGAGGAAGUGCCAGUCUUCCUCUAACACCACGUCCUCUAACUCAGAUGACGGCAAACAGACAGGAUCUAACAGCAUGCAGGUGUCUGAAGAACCAGCCUUGUUGAAGGAUCAAUCUGGUCUCUCCGCUUUGGAUGCUCAAGACAAAAAGUCCAGUGACACGGCCACAGCGGUAGUGGGCACUUCGCUGCCCCUACCUGUACCUAACAAACCAGAAAGCGUGGUGUCCAUAACCAGCCAGUGUAGCUACAGUAGCACCAUAGUGCAUGUUGGAGACAAGAAACUUCAACCAGAGUCAGAGAUCAUAGAGGACGUACCGGGAACAGGAGAGACGGUAGAAACCAGUCAGAACCUCGGGGCGCCUCCUCCCUGUGCUGUUUCACCUCCCAGUCAGGAGAGGGAGUCCUACAAGAAACUGGGGUUGACUAAGCAGGUUUUGGCAGCUCAUACGCAGAAGGAGGAGCAGGCCUUUCUGUAUCGCUUCAGGGAGCUUCGCGGACUCACAGCGCUCAAAGCAAACUGCUCUCAGUACCUGGAGCGCCAAAAAGAGCAGAUCGCCAGCGAUGCUGCACCUCCUGCUCGAUCCCGCAAGCCCAGUGCAGAGCCAGCUACGCGGCGGGGCACGCGGAUUAAGAAGACCAAGUCAAAGAGAGCGAAGCAAAUCGAGUCCUCGGACAGCACAUCUUCCCAUCCCAGACAGCAACAGCUGCGGCCUCCUCGUCUAAACCAAGGCCUUAACCCCACCUCUUGGUCUCCCUCUGAAACCUCGCAGUCAACUUUUCCCAUAGCCUACCCCUCCGUGAUGCCAGGCUACCCCCUGCAGGUUUACCCCAGAGCCAGCUCUGAAGCUCCCCGCACAGAUGCCACUCUGCAAGGCUCUAGAGACAGCCAGGGCACCCAGGCCCCUUCCUGUCCGUCAUCCAUCCAUCCCGCUUCCUACACCGCUCCCAUGGUUACCCCCAUCAUGGCUCUCGUGCUGCCCAACUAUGUGUACCCUCCAAUGGCCGCUGGGCUGCCACCCCAACAGCCAGUGUUCCACGCAGAGACUGGUGGCUUCCCCACCCCAACGCAGCCUUUUUGUCAGGCUGCCUUUCCAGGCCAAGUCCUCUUCACAGCUCCACCUUCCUUUGCUAUUCAGACCCAGUUCAACUCCCAGAACCACUUCGCGCCUCAAGCAACGUACCUGACCCCGUCGAACUACUUCCCCCCAUCCGCGGAAACCCCAAAGGCCCCCGCGGAGGGCCAGUCUCGCUCCUCUACCCCGCAGUCUGGAGGAGGCCCGGCUUCCCCGCCCCUGUUUCAGUCUCGCUGCAGCUCACCUCUCAACCUGCUGGAGCUGGAGCUGUCCGUGGACAGGCAGGACAGCACAGUGGUCUCCUCUGGAGGACAAGGGAAUAAUACGGCGGAGAGGGAGAAAGGAGCAAACGGAAGCCAGGCCAAGGAGAGGGAGCUGAAGCAGCCAUCUCUCAGUCUCCUUGGUCCACCUGGACCCUUGUAUUGCGAGGGCACGUCCUGUGUCUGUGAGCGUUUGUCUUGGGAUAAAGUGUGCUCUAGGCUGAGGGCUUACAGCAAAGAGGCAAGUUCACGUGGCGACGGGAACAACAGUGACAUCAACUCUUUAUCCAGCGACAUGUUGGACAUAAUUCUCCAUGAGGACUCCUGCUCAGGCACUGGCUCAGCCACCUCAGGGUCCAUGGGCUCAGGGUCCAAUGGCUGUGGGACUUCAGCCAGCGGGACGUCUAACAGCGGGACAUCUAAGAGCAGGACGUCGGGCAGUGCAGCCUCAGCCAGCGGGACCUCCGGCAGUGGAACAGGAAGCAACAACAGUAGCAAUUACUUUGGCAGCGUGGACUCAUCCCAAAACAGCCAGAAGGUCAACAGUCACUUGAGCAGCAACGAGGGAAGGCCGAUGGAGAUGGACCAGAGCGAACACUUCAUCAAGUAUGUACUGCAGGACCCGCUGUGGCUGCUCGCGGCCAACACAGAUGACAAGGUCAUGAUGAGCUAUCAGCUACCCUCGCGUGACAUCCAGAGGGUGCUCAGAGAGGACAGAGAGAAGCUGAGGCUGUUCCAAAAAAGUCAGCCUCGCUUCUCAGAGGAGCAGAAGAAGGAGCUGAUCGAGGUCCACCCCUGGAUUAAGAAGGGAGGUCUGCCCAAGGUGAUAGACAUCAAGGCCUGCUCCUGCUGUGACAGCGCCUCAGAGGCGGCAGCAGCAGUAGUGGCGCCGGCGGAGGAGGAUCAGCCAGACCUGGACAUCAGUGACGCAGAGACAGGGGUGGUCGGCUGUCAGCAGAGGCCCAGAGAAGAACCCACGAACACUGUUGUCAUUUCCUGCCACGGCCCUUCUCCUGGCCCCAGCUCACAGACGCAAUGAGCAAGACAAUAAACUGCUUAAGGCUGUGAGUGACACUGAGUUCCCGUCAGCCUCUUGUUCUGCACGACUGUGAAGAGGAACCUCCUUUAACAUGGAGCAUUUACAGGCCCUUUGCUGUUCACACAAAACUCUUCAUUACUGUCUCCGUCUUGCUGUGUUUUUCUGAGUCAAACCUGUUUAUACGCCAGACAAAAACUGGCUCAAACAGUCUAAACUUGUGUAAAAUGUGAAUAUACGUAAUGGACAUCAAAUGACAUUUUAUUUUAUUUUGAUAAGCUUAAGGCACCUAAGGAAAGCCUUUCAUGCAUUAGGAGACGCAGAGCCCAAUAAGGGAAAUACAAUAGUGCUCAAACAGCAGGCAGCACAGUAGAGGUCAAACAAACAUGAACCAACUGGAAGCUACAUGAUUCACAUGCCAGGAUGUGGCUCAGUGGUGUUCUGUUACAGCUACUGAAUAAAUUUAGUAUUUUGCGACGCAGCUUCUUCAUUCGCAAGAACUGAGGAAUGACGACAACAGCUACGUCAGCAUGUGGUGAGAACAGGUGGGGUUAAGGCAACUUGGUUUCAGUCUCUCCUGUACUGCCUAUCAAGCACAAGUGCACUUUGUGGGCUGCACUGGAAGAGCAACAUGCACAAGACUCCUGUAGAUCUGCUGUAUUUGCCUGAGUUAGUUUCUGAAACUAAACUGCAAUGGAUGAAGUACUAUAGACUUUUGGAAGCGUAAAGUAGCAGGAAAUGGAAAUUCUGAAAUCCACACACGGGCACGGUGGCUGGUUGUGAAAACAUUUGAGACUGCACUGAGAAGAAGGUGCAACACGUACUGUGUUCCUCACUGGCCCAUCGUGUUAAAUUACAUCUGAGAAUUUAAAUUUUCUUUCUCAUUUGGAGCUGCAGGUGUCAGUAAUGCAGCUUUUAGAGUUCAUUCUUUGUGUGUGUCCUAUCAUCAGCUUCUAACUUACCACAUUUUUGUCAGCUGUGAAACUUUUUCUGACUUCACAGAUGCCUUUCGUUUAAGGAAAAUGUAUCACAUCUCAAUGCUUGUGUGAAUGUUUAUCUCUCUGACUCUGAGCAUAUAUAUAUAUACAUAAAUAUAUUUUUACAUACAAUAAUUGUUUCUGCAGAAAAGAGAGAUCAUGUAUAUGUGUUUUUAAGUUAUAAUGGAAAAGCCAGUUAAAGCAGGACCAAGAUUAUUAUAUUUAUUGUAAAUACAAUUUUAAAAAUGUGAGUUGUGUAGCCAACAUUUGGACGAUUCCCACCAUGGACUGGAAGGUACUUGAGUUGCACCAGCAUGUUGUUUAUGGUGGGUGAUAAAAAUAAAGUGAGGAGAAUAUUGAUGUUUUCCCCAGUUUAAAAGUGUGCCACAUGACACUUAAACUGAUGCUGGCCCUCAUAAAUAUGGAGCAGAGCAUCCUGUGGAAGUGACCGAAGCUCAUCACUGUUCAGAACAAACAUGUGGCCACUUCAGAAGUCAAGGUUUAGGGUUAUUGCACGGGUAUAAAGCAGCUCCGACAGAUGCCGAGUGGCUGUGUGUGGAGCUUUCCUUCACUUUGAAGCUUAGCUGUGAUUUGGCAGUGCUCUUCUUGGCAACUUGAACAUUUCCUGAAUUUGUCUUUUGUCUUUCUGUUAUUUGAACAGACAUUGACAACAAUGCACCUUCAUUUAUUUUCUUUGCUUCUUUUUAAUGACGGACAAUCUGUUAUAUUUGUUAAAUUUUCUCUAAUUAAAACGAUGCCUAAUUUA